CUCUUUCCCCCAAAUUAUAAUUAAUCCAUCCCCUGCUUUCUUCUUCUUCAGAGAAAAUCCUUCCAAGCUCUAACCACCAUUACUAUGUCAAUCCUUCCCCUCUCCUUCUCCUUCCUCUUCCUAAUAUUCCUCCAUCUCCCCUCCGUCUGCCUCGCCGACAUCGGCACCGCCGCCUGGUACCCGCCGCCAUAUUCCCCGACGGCGUGUUACGGCAGCGACGCGUCGCAGUUCCCAUCGAGCUACCUGUUCGGGGCGGCGGGGGAAGGGAUAUGGGACAAUGGGGCGGCCUGCGGGAGGCAGUACAAGCUCCGGUGCCUCAGCGCGGUGGCGGCCGGGUCGUGCCAGCCCGACCAGACGAUUCAGGUGAAGAUCGUGGAUUACGCCCGGAGCUUGGUCUCUCCCGGUCGGCGUCCGGGA